GAUAUCAGGAGGUAUCGGCAUUUUCGUGGACUUAUCUUAACAAGGGAGGCGAAUUAGCGAGGAUGGCGGAUAGGCGUCAUGGGGACGAGCAUCGCGAUCUUGGCAGAGACACGACUUAGAGAGGUCGGGACGGAAGGCGCGAAGACCCAGAAUAUCGACACCGAGGUAGAAGCCGUGAUGACUACUAUCGAGAACAUAGGAGUGAACGGGCAAGCGGGCCGAGCGAGUUUCACCACCCCCGUGGACGAGGCGACGAAGAAGCAGAUCGAAACGCUGGGACAAACAGUCGCAACUUUCAGGGAAUUUAUCGAGCAGGAAAACAAAAAGAAAGAGGAGAAGGCAAGGAGGAAACAGGAGAGGGAAGAGAACGCGAGGAGGGAGGAGGAACAGAUGAGGAGGGAGGAAAAAGAGAGGAGACGAGAAGAGGAAGACAGGAAAGCAAGGGAGGCACGAGCGGCACGUAAACGCGAAAAGAAUCUCCAUCGAAGAAUAGCGGAAUUGAAGACCGCGAUUAAGGGCAAGCAACCAGUGGCCUCACCUAUGGGAUCAAACGCAUCCUAUUCGAGUGGGUGGGGAGGCAGCGAAAUCGAGGAGAUCCGCGCGAAGACGGAGCGUCUCAAGCUGUCGGAGAAACGAAAGAGAAGCCCAGAUCGGAGAAUUGACAACAGUCCUUCGAUGACUACUCCCGCAAAGCGUACACCAAGGAAGACAGCGGUGAAGCCAGUAAAGCUAGCUGCGAAGCUGCAAGUAACUACGACCAAGGGUGCAAAGGGUCAUGGGAAGCAAGAUGACGGCCGAAAACAGACGACACCGAUAAAGUACACACCCAAGAGAGGCACGCCAAAAGUGAAGAUUCCAACAAAGAUCGGAACCGCUGGACGCACAAAAUACGUUGCUGACAACGUGCGCGAGUUAGCAGAAUGCAACGCGGACGACCUGAAGCGGCUUUGUAAGCAGGAGGAAGUCGAAUACGGCAACAAAGUUAUAGCGGCGAUCAACAUUGCGGAAAAGCGAGCAGUCGAUGCUUAUGGAGCACCGGAGGGAUCCGAAGAGCUGGUCCACUUGGAACAAGUGUACAUUAAGAAGUGGUCGCUCAUUCUGAACACCAGUGGGAGGUUGAGGAAGUCGGGAAAAAAGAAUAACGUACGGAAAGGGAAGAACGAAAGAGCAAACGGAAGUACGCAAGUCGAGUGCUAUGAUGGGGCAUCGGUCCAGAUCGUACGCAUUCGGACUAAGCAGUCAGACAGUUGGCAUGCGGGCAUCCUUAGUGAAUUGAACAAUCAGGAAAGGAAGGGUACUCAAAGCUUUUCGUUACAAUCGACAGGAGGGAACUGCAGGGCUGACAGCUGGAAGAAGGUGAAGAGCGCUUUCGACAGAUCGGCAAUUGUGGUCGAUGGAGUAUCUACAACGCUCGCAAAAUGCAAAAGCGCAAUCGAGAAAGGUGAAGAAUUAGAAGUCAAAUAUCUACGUAAAUGGGGCCCAAGGAUUGGACCGGACAAGAUACUGCUCACGAAGCUGUUGCGCAACCCGAGGAGGAUGGAAGCGAUUAGAGAUCUGGAGGAAGAAGAAAGGUUCAGACUGUACAAGUCGGCUAAAGACUUUCAGAGGAAGUCAACAAGAUCUUACCUGAGGAGGAUCAUAUCACGCGUGAUCAAGGAGAAGUGUGGUUGGGAGAUGGGAGCAGAUUUAAUCGUUCGCGUCAAGUUCGACGACCGAGUGAGCCUAGCGGAGGUAAGGAAGGUUGUUAACGACAAGAUCGAGAGUCUCGACUUUUUGACGUGUAUGGCUCAACGUGCGAGAAGUAAGAUCAGGACAGUCUGGGUCAAGAACCCAACUGUCGCUGAUCUCAUACACAACCAACGCAACUAUGUGCGGGCGGUUGUGUCAACCUGCACAUGUGCAGGUCUCCCUUAUCCGAGGACUAGGGAGCACGUACGAUUUCGCCUGCACGAGUUGGAUGGCGUGCAUCCUAUGUUGUUGAACGCAGGGAACAUUCCUAGAGCACAGCAUCCGGACCGCCUAAAGCUACUAUGUAGGGAGAUUGAAGACUCUUUCAACACAUCGAAGAAGCGUAACACGGACGAAGUGGUGGUAUCACAGAAGGAAGUCAGGAGAUGUAUAGUGGGCAACAACGAGAUCGUGAACAGCAAGUGUCUGGACAUCGCGGACGUGAAGGAGUUACGGGGCAGGUUAGAAGUCUUGGUUCAAACGUCGAUGGACAAAAAUCCCGGAGAGACACUGGUGAUGUGUCCGUAUCUGUACUACGAAGCCAUGAUGGAGGCAUUUGUCACCAACCCUGGUUACGAAGUUACCACAAGCAAGGAGGUGAAUGUGAGGUAGGACGUUCAGACAACAUUCAAGGACAAAGGUAUUACGAAGUUUGCCAAGGUCGA